UCUUUCUAUUUCUUCUUUUUUUUUUUUUGCCCCUUUCCGUCUCCGAAGUUCUCUCCCCCACCGUAAGUGACGGCGGUCAACGGCACUCGCGACAUCGAAAGGAGGCCGACGGGAGGGCGGAAGCGAGGUCUCCGGCGGGGGGAUUUCGAGGAUUCCGGUUCUGGCGGCGGCCGGAGGAAGGGGAGAUGGGAAAGAAUGGAAGCGUGAAGAAGAGCUACUCGGUGUCGCCGGCGGAUUAUAAGCUCCUUGAGGAGGUUGGGUACGGCGCGAGCGCGACGGUUUAUAAGGCGAUCUAUAUACCGUACAACGAGAUCGUCGCCGUCAAGUGCCUAGAUCUCGACCGCUGCAACAGUAAUCUCGAUGACAUACGGCGGGAAGCCCAAACAAUGAGUUUAAUAGACCACCCAAAUGUCAUAAGGGCCUAUUGCUCAUUUGUUGUUGGCCAUUGCCUUUGGGUGGUCAUGCCAUUUAUGGCGGAAGGUUCAUGUUUGCACCUAAUGAAGAUAGCAUAUCCAGAUGGAUUUGAAGAGCAUGUUAUCGCGUCUAUUCUUAAAGAAACACUCAAGGCUUUGGAGUACCUUCAUAGACAUGGGCAUAUACAUCGUGAUGUCAAGGCUGGAAAUAUCCUUCUUGAUACUUCAGGGGUGGUUAAGCUUGGGGACUUCGGUGUUUCAGCUUGCAUGUUUGAUAAGGGUGAUAGGCAACGUUCAAGAAAUACUUUCGUAGGAACUCCUUGCUGGAUGGCUCCAGAGGUCUUGCAGCCAGGAAGUGGAUAUGAUUUCAAAGCUGACAUAUGGUCAUUGGGAAUAACUGCACUAGAGUUGGCGCAUGGACAUGCUCCAUUUUCAAAAUAUCCUCCAAUGAAGGUUCUUUUGAUGACCCUCCAAAAUGCGCCUCCUGGACUUGACUAUGAUCGUGAUAAGAGGUUUUCUAAGUCUUUUAAAGAAAUGGUUGCAAUGUGCUUGGUGAAAGAUCAAACAAAGAGGCCAACAGCAGAAAAGUUGUUAAAACAUUCAUUCUUCAGACAUGCUAAGCCUCCAGAGUUGUCAGUGAAAACCAUUUUUGCUGACUUGCCGCCACUUGGGGACCGUGUGAAGGCACUCCAGCUUAAAGAUGCUGCACAACUUGCUCUUAAGAAAAUGCCUUCGGCUGAACAAGAAAAAUUAUCGCAGAGUGAGUAUCAAAGAGGUGUUAGUGCAUGGAACUUUGAUAUUGAAGAUUUGAAGGCCCAAGCAUCACUGAUUCAAGAUGAUGAGGACUUUCCGGAAAUGAAGGAAGAUGACGAGAGCAUGAGACUGUUUGUUAACAAUAAGGUUCCAUCUACUUCCACAUCUAAUCUGGGGAAGUCAGUAUUUACUGAUGAAGUCAUUUGUAGAGCAAAUAACUGCCCUGCACAAGAGUCAGAAACCAGAUGCUUAAAUACAAAAGAUGAAAUUCUUGAAACGGAUUUAGUGAAUUCUAGCAAUAAAGCAAAGGUUGAUGAAUAUGAGAAGCGCAUAGUGAAAAAUGAUUUAAUUCCAUCGACAUCAAAGCAGGAGAUGGAGCCAAGCUACCGUAAAGGUGAAGUUGGAAAAAGACAGCAAACCUUUAGCGGUCCACUUAUGCCUUCUAGUGUGCAUGUUAACUCAUCAACAGAGAAAGGGCGAACCACUGAAAGGUUUGAAGGCGAUAAUCAACCACAAGCUGAGAAAUAUAAACGUGAUGCACGAAAAGCCACAAACUUUAGUGGUCCAUUGAUGCUUCCAAACCGUGCUUCUGCAAAUAGCUUAUCUGCUCCAAUACGAUCUUCAGGAGGUUUUGGAGACUCCUCGGAGGAUAAAUCUAAGGCCAAUGUGGUGCAAAUAAAGGGUCGUUUUUCAGUCACAUCUGAAAAUGUGGAUCUUGUAAAGGAUAUUCCACUAUGUACAGUUUCACGAAGGUCAUCCCAGGGAUCUCCACUCAGAAAAUCUGCUAGUGUCGGUGAUUGGCUGAUUAAUUCUAAACCAGUGCCUGUCAGUCAACAGCCCAAGGAAGUCAGCAACAGUUCAAUACCUGCAUCUAUUCUUAUGCCUCACCUUCAGAAUCUUUUUCAGCAGACUUCAUUUCAACAAGAUCUUAUCAUGAAUCUCUUAAAUAGCUUGCAACAGAAUGAGGCAGUUGAUGCUAUUCAUGCUGGACUGCCUUCCCAGGUCCGCAAUUUGGAGAAUGAUAUGUUGGCUGAAACAGCACCUACUGAAAGAGAGCGUCUAUUGCUUAUUAAAAUUUCAGAGCUACAAGCCAGGAUGAUUAAUCUAACUGAUGAACUAACCGCAGCAAAGCUCAAACACAUUAAGUUACAACAAGAGCUAAGUGCUGUUUAUUGUCGUCAAGAGGAAGAAGAUAAAAGAAACGAUGAAAUAGAGGACACCUGAUUUUCUUAAUUCAAGAUUCUUGAAUGCAGUACCAUGAAGGUCCAGGUAACAAUAGAUUCCCUGGCUGAAGGACCUUUUUCAUCCAUCUUCAUUUGGUCAGGUCUUUCUUAAGAAGAUCUAGUUUAAAGAGGCAUAAGAAUCAAUUGCUGGGCCAUGCUCCAUAAAGAUAUAUGACUAGAAUUAUUUUAUGAGGAUCAGAGCCAUCACAGAUGCCCUGUAGAUGUAUUUCACUUGUCGUAGCUAGGAGCGGGCAUUGACCAUUCCUAAACAGAUGGUGUUGUGAAGUACCAAGUCAGUGAUUACCUUUUAUAAUGAUUGCUCUUUUGCAAAUUUGAUGUAUUUUUGGUAACUAUAGUUUUUGAGGUGUAGUAUCCGACUGACUGCACCAUCUUCGAGACUGUAUUUUGUUCAUGUCUGUUGUGAGGUUCUUGCUUUCACUUUUAUUCCCAAAUAUUUUCUCCCUGGUAUCUUUGUAAUUGCAUGCAUCAUUAAUAGAAUUUAAAGUUCUAGUUUCAACAAGCAGAUAGCUGCUUUUGCUAUCAGGUUUAAUGUAUUGGGUUUAGCUGAAACAUAACUAUGAAUUACAGUCUUUCAUUCUCA